GGAAGUGUAAUAGUGCAAUGUUAAUCCUCAUACUGCAUCAACCUGCUAUCUCAGACUUCUCUCGAGCCCUGUUUUAAUCGCUUUUAACUUCCAUUAGAGACUCUCUACCGGCCAUGCUACACUUUUUUUCAGCCAUUUCAAAGUUAUUUUGCACGGUUUGCCUUGAAAUUCUUUGAUGUUGAGUUUCAGGCACCCAUUUAAUAUACAUUCCUCAUCGUUGGUACUUUUCAAGCCGACAUACCUGCACCGAUCACAGAACAGUUUAACAAACAAAACAGAAGACGUCAGGUGCACGCUGGCAUUUGUAGGAUAGGAAGAAUUGUUUGAUCAGGAGAGGGAGCAAGCUGCCACAACUCAUCAGCUUGUGUAGCGGACCUCCCAUAACCAUUUGAAGAAGGCGGCAGGCUCUCAUCAACUGAUUGGAGAGCAGAAGAUCCAGCACUGAUAGGUACCUUAUCAUGGGGAACCUUCUUAAAGUUUUGACUUGCACAGACCUUGAACAGGGGCCAAAUUUUUUCCUUGAUUUUGAAAAUGCUCAACCAACAGAAGCAGAGAAAGAAGUCUAUAACCAGGUGAAUGUGGUAUUAAGAGACGCAGAAGGCAUCCUCGAUGAUUUACAGUCUUACCGAGGAGCAGGACAUGAAAUUCGAGAGGCGAUACAACAUGCUACUGAUGAAAAAUUACAAGAGAAAGCUUGGGGAGCCGUAGUGCCACUUGUAGGAAAACUAAAGAAAUUCUAUGAAUUCUCUCAAAGACUUGAGGCCGCAUUGCGUGGACUCCUCGGAGCGCUGACCAGCACGCCAUAUUCCCCAACACAGCACCUAGAGCGAGAGCAGGCUCUUGCCAAACAGUUUGCAGAAAUUCUUCACUUUACCCUCCGAUUCGAUGAGUUGAAGAUGACGAAUCCUGCUAUACAGAAUGACUUCAGCUACUACAGAAGAACCUUGAGUCGUAUGAGGAUUAACAAUGUUCCAGCAGAGGGAGAAAAUGAAGUAAACAAUGAGCUGGCAAAUAGAAUGUCCUUAUUUUACGCAGAAGCAACUCCUAUGCUAAAAACCUUAAGUGACGCCACAACAAAGUUUGUAUCAGAGAACAAGAAUUUACCUAUAGAAAAUACCACUGAUUGUUUAAGCACCAUGGCCAGUGUGUGCAGGGUGAUGUUAGAAACUCCGGAAUAUAGGAGCCGAUUUACCAACGAGGAGACGGUGUCCUUCUGCUUGAGAGUAAUGGUUGGCGUAAUUAUCCUCUAUGACCACGUGCACCCAGUGGGAGCCUUUGCAAAAACGUCAAAGAUCGAUAUGAAAGGAUGUAUCAAGGUUCUCAAAGAACAACCACCCAACAGUGUGGAAGGUCUUCUCAAUGCUCUCAGGUACACAACAAAACAUUUGAAUGAUGAGACUACCUCGAAGCAAAUCAAGACGAUGCUGCAAUAACUGUGCCGCUGGAUCCGAACCUGCUGUGGACAGAAGACCGUAUUCUGCAAUGACUGAGAUGCACAGGAUUUUAGUGAUUGCAAUUACUCUCUCUCCCUCUACCCUUUUUAGUCUCCUGCCUCCCCCCUCCCCACCCCAUCCUUUUUAAAACGUGUUCUUGUUCUUAAAUAAGCUCAGUGUUCUUUUUUGUGCCAAAAUCAAUGGAAAACUAACUGAUAAAUCCUGGGAGGCAGGUAAACGUUUUCAGAAUGGACGUGUCCAUGGCAGCUAUUUAUGCGUUAGGUUUUUUUUCCUCUCUACCGAGGAUAUUCUGUGACUUGAACUUAAUAUUUUUAAACUCCCUUCCCUACCCUGGAAAAAAAACCUUAAUAUUUAAUAUUGCUUCAACUGCAUGGCUGGAACGGCCUAUUUCUGCUAUUUAAAAAAAAAGAAAUGAAAAAAAAGAACCUUUUUCUAUUGCAUUUGUUAUGUUUUUUUUUUUUUGUUUUUUUUUUCCGUGUGCAGCCAAGAGAGAGAAAAUAUGCGCAAAGAUGUUUAAAUUAACUGUGUUGUACAAAAAUGGUACCCAGCACAAUGAUUUUUUUUUGAAUUAGUAAAGAAAAAAGAGAAAGUGUUUUUAGGUUGCAUUUUGACUCAUUUUUGUAAGGAUGUGUGUUGUUUGUUUAAUCUUUGAUGACUAACAUUAAAUAAUGUGAUGUGUGCGUAACAGAAUUACGUAUGCAUGUUUAUGUCAAAUGGAUGGCUGUUAAAAUAAAAAUCAGCUUUCAUUUUUCUAAA